ACUCGGUGCAGACGUCAGGGAGCCGCAUCACUGCACUUGUAGCGGAAGACUCUAAACUUGAACAAACUUCCAGAAAGAGUCGAAUGAUAGCGCGUGUUUAAUGAUACAUAACCAAAGCGUACACGUAUGAAGGUAUAACGAUAUAGUAGACAUCAUACAGUGUGUGUGUGUGUGUGUGUGUGUGUUAAUUUUUUUUAUAGGCUACUGAAGAAGAGGGGGAAAAAAACUUGGGACAGGGACUAUAUGUCUUCGCGGAGGAAUACUGACCCAGUGCUACAGCGUGCACGCGGAUAACUCGUAAACGCAGACGCGUCUGUUUUGCUGAAGUCUGAAUAACCUGAGUGAAACCUUUUCAGCUCAUGAUACUGUCAACUACCAUCCUUCCUGUGUUUUUGUUGAUAUAUCCGGACUGUAAUCAUUUGAAGGCACCUUUUUAAAUUCUACGUGUGAAGUGCGCGUAGAGAGAGAGAGAGAGAGAGAGAGAGAGAAUUUUUGAAGUUCACAAUGUCUAUUUUACCUUUCACUCCCCCCAUCGUGAAAAGACUUCUGGGCUGGAAAAAGGGAGAGCAAAACAGCCAGGAGGAGAAAUGGUGCGAGAAGGCUGUUAAAAGCUUGGUGAAGAAGCUGAAGAAGACGGGACAGCUGGACGAGCUGGAGAAAGCCAUCACCACCCAGAACGGCAACACCAAGUGUAUCACCAUCCCGAGAUCUCUGGACGGGAGGUUACAGGUGUCUCAUAGGAAGGGUCUCCCUCAUGUGAUCUACUGCCGGCUGUGGCGCUGGCCGGACCUUCAGUCUCACCACGAGCUGAGAGCCAUGGAGCUGUGUGAGUUUGCUUUCCAUAUGAAGAAGGACGAGGUGUGUGUGAACCCCUACCACUAUCAGCGCGUAGAGACGCCAGUUCUUCCACCAGUUCUGGUUCCUCGGCACACUGAGAUUCCCAGCGAGUUUCCUCCUCUGGAUGAUUAUAGUCACUCCAUCCCUGAAAACACCAACUUCCCCGCUGGCAUCGAGCCACCGAGCAACUACAUUGCAGAAACACCUCCUCCAGGCUACCUCAGUGAGGAUGGGGAGACCAGUGACUAUUCCUUGAACCCUAGCAUGGACACAGGAUCUCCAAGCCUUUCUCCAAAUUCUUUAUCUCCACCGCCAAGCAACUUAGACCUGCAGCCUGUGACGUACUGUGAGCCAGCGUUCUGGUGCUCCAUAUCCUACUAUGAGCUGAACCAGCGGGUGGGGGAAAUCUUCCACGCGUCCCAGCCCUCUCUCACAGUGGACGGGUUUACUGAUCCGUCCAACUCUGAGCGUUUCUGCCUGGGCCUGCUGUCCAAUAUAAACCGCAACGCUGCCGUGGAGCUCACACGCAGACACAUUGGCCGGGGAGUGCGUUUAUACUACAUAGGAGGUGAAGUGUUUGCUGAAUGUCUCAGUGACAGCGCUAUCUUUGUUCAAAGUCCCAACUGCAACCAGCGCUACGGCUGGCACCCUGCCACCGUCUGCAAGAUCCCACCAGGCUGUAAUCUGAAGAUCUUCAAUAAUCAAGAGUUCGCUGCUCUUUUGGCUCAGUCAGUGAACCAAGGUUUCGAGGCAGUGUAUCAGCUGACCCGCAUGUGCACCAUCCGCAUGAGCUUUGUCAAGGGCUGGGGAGCCGAGUACAGGCGGCAGACAGUCACUAGCACCCCCUGCUGGAUAGAGCUGCACCUGAACGGACCCCUGCAAUGGCUGGACAAGGUGCUCACCCAGAUGGGCUCUCCCUCCAUCCGCUGCUCCAGCGAGUCCUAGGAAAAUCCUCUUAUUAACACCACAGGAAGUAGCCGACCCAAAAACCCCACAAACAGAUAGAUAUUCCUAUAGGAACUGAGAUCUUAAAAGCCAUGAGUCAAUAGGAAACUAGAGCCUUACAGAACCCACCCACUUUCAGUAGCACUUUCAUACACAUUCAUCUCAAAGAGGAAGUGUGUAUUAAACAGUAAAAUUUUUGUUUCUGCUUUGUCCAUAUCGUUUAUCACCGACGUCCUGUUUAGCUUCUUGGAUCUUGGUGAAUUGAAUCAAUUUGUCUGAUCAUGUGUACUGUAGAUUUCCCUUUGUUGUCUUUCUGUGUACAGUGAAAUAUUAAGGAAUUUUUAUACGUUGUAGUUAAAGCUGUAGUUGUCUAUAUUUUGGUUAAUUUUGUUUGAACAAAACUAACAGAAGAAAGCUCAUUAUGUAGUAUAUUAUAAAUGUUAAUGUGAGAUUGUGAGCCCUGUGUAAGAACUGUCCGAGGCAUCGUUUUGCCACCUGCAUGCUUGCCUUUUGAUUUCAUCCUUACUGAAAUACCCCAAACCCCCCCCCCUUUUUGAGUCUCAUGCCAGGAAAGUUUCUGAGAGGUAGAACUGAGCAUAUUCAGUGAGUCAGUUAAAAAAAGGACCCUCCCCAUCUUUAGCCAUAAUUCCUCUGUGCUUUGAGAUGCAAAAGUUAAAUUUAUUAUCAUUAAUUGUUAAAAGAAUGCACUGGUAUUUUUCAGCCUAAUGUCUGUCUACAACAGCGUAGUUACUACAGGCGAGAAUUUCAACACGUCUCCCUGUAGUGAGAAAAAGCCCCCAGCAACCCUGCUCAAUCAAAUCAAAACUCACCUUUGAUGCAAGGCUAACAGCAGUAAACGGUUAUGCGUUACAGAACAAUUGAAUAAAUUCUUCAGUCAAAGUUAUAAGGAUCGAAACUGUCCUUUCAGAGACGGGACUACAUGUUAAAAGGGAUGACUGUAUCGUUUGUCUCAUACCAAGAUCUACAUUCUUAGAGUGUAACAAUUGUAGUUUUUAUACUGUAUUAUUGUUGUGCAUUGUAAAGUAUUUUUAGAUUUUAUUUGAUUUUAUUUUGUAUCGUUGCAUAUUUUAAACAUAUGUAUGGCGGCCUGGGAAAACCCGUCAGAUAGACGAAAACAUAGCAUCAAAUAGACAGUCAAGACAAUAGCAUCGAAACAGUCUUUCUGCAUAUAACAUAAUCUGACACCCGUACUUUAAGAAACUAUAAAUAUACUUCACCUAAAGUGACAUGGAAAUAUUUUAUGUACUUUUUAAUCAGAGCAAAAGAUCGUGUUGUUUAAGAAUCCAGUUUAACAAAAUAAGGUGAUAAAAAGACAUUCUGCCGAUGUCAAAAUGUCAGAAACAUUGCAAGUGUGAUUUCCUUACACGGUGAAUUACACACUUCGAUGUUGGAUAGCUACAGUACAUGCCGUAGCAAAAAAGACGAGACUAAUGAAUUCCGUUUGUGAUCAGAUAUCGGCUGUCGGAAUGUCGGUGAUGCUCCGUGAAGCGGAGAAUUUGAGGUGCUUGUAAAAGGGAAACAGAACUACGUAUAGUAGAAAAGGGUUUUCCCAGGGUGCCACACAUGGGAUUUAAAAACUGUCAUUAGAGUUCAUUAUGAGUGAAUAAUUUUUUUUCUCAGUACGGAGGAAUGUGUGGAAAUUCUCUGUGGUAAUCUCACAUACGUUACACCUACAGUCGAUAAAUAAUAGGCCGAGAUAGUUUCCCAUAAACAGUAUUGGAAUGCUAUACAAUGAUUUAAUCUCACCAUUGCAAUGAGCAUACACUAGCACAUGUUUUGCGGCAUUAAGAAAACAGAAUGAUGGUGGGCGGAGGGGGAAGGGUGUCACUGUAGAUUACUGACGGAUGAAAGGUUGUUAUUACUCCUUUGGUAGAGCUCCACAUCAUUGUUUUUAAUCUAUCUGCAUGGAGCCAUGCCAAGUCUCGCACAGUGCAUGUGUGUGUUCUCGUAAGAUGUGCUUAUGGUAGCUGUUUAAUCUGUGUGCCAGCUGUCUCCGCUGUGUGUCUGUAUGUGUCUGGCCAGGUUCCUGGUGAGUUCACAUAUCCCCAUCUGUGAGGAACAGUUGACACUCAGCUCUCCUUCCUGUAUGUGGAAGGUGUGUGUAACUGAUAUCCGUGCUGAAGCUCUGGUAUUGUGCGAGUCUGUUCUAUAUUUGCAGCAGGGAUUCAGUUCGGGUCCCUGGGUGUUGUGUAGACAACAAAUAAAGAGGUUAAAGAGGAUCUCAGAUAUCAAUUGACAGCUUGUCAUAGAGGCUCACAUUGCUUCUCCUUCACUAUAGAUUGACUCUGAUUUCAUUUUGUUUGUCAGUUGUACAGAAAGAAAUGCAACCCUGUUAUCAUUCAGCCAUGAGCUAGAGUUUCUUGUUGCUUUGUUCAUUCGUGUUAAAUAGGGUUAAUUCAUCUCAAACUCACGCCAGUGUAUGAAUCAAGUAUAAUUAUUUACCAUCGAAGGUGCUGCAAAAUACCGAGCGAAGCAACAAAUAUAUUAUACUAUAAGAGUAAUUAUAAUAUGCCCAUUUGUUAGUAUUGCUGUAGUUAGUGUAGUAAUACACCAGUAGUUAUGGGGAGCAUAUGGUGCAUUAGGGACAUAUAUACAGGCCUGUUUUCUAGAGAGAUAAACAUCUAAUGGCUUCUGCUUUGGAAACAAUAGAGCAGCCCUAACAGGACAAAAUCUAAUCUAGACUGCACCAAUCUAUGAAGUGUCAGGUUAGUGGCAGUACAAUUUUCAAAUACAAAACGGUUAGUACAUUAAUGUGACUUUUACAACAAAGCAAUGUGUGUACUGUAUGCAUUUUUUUCUGCAUAGACCAAAUAUUGCAAGGGGCAUUGUAAUCCAAAAUAAUACAAAAUAUUUCGUUUUGGACAUUUGUGACAACUAUAUCUCUGUUCUGUUCUAAUUUCCAGUUAAGUAAUAAUAUUUAAAAAUAUAUUUAACACUUUAAAUUCUUGAUGUUUUUUUUUUUUUCUUCCAAAAUGAAACUAAAUGAAUUAAAGUGUAUCUAUGGGUAUAUGUAUGUAUAUAUUCAGGUACAUUUAUUUAUAUUAUAAACUUUAAUUCAACCAAAACCAGCUUUGUUAAACAUCUGUUACACAAGCAGCAGUUCAGCUUUCAUUUAUGUACAAGCAUGCGUGUAUAGAUAUCCUCACACUCUUCCUGGAACAGUUCACUCCAUUCAGAGUGUGCCUUUGCAUGAAUUUUCUACUCUUGAUACUAAUCAAUUCAUGAUUCCUGAAUAGUUUGUAGAUAAGAAUUGUAGAUUGAAGCAUGCUUGUUUUCAGUGUUUGAUGAGAGUUUCUAGCCAAGUACUGUUUUGUUAACAAUUUCUUCAGGUUGGGGAAAAGAGGCAAAAAAAAAAAAAUGCUGGCAGGUUUGUUUUUUGUUUUUUGGACUUCAUUGUAUUUUUAUACUAUAGACAGAAAUAGGGAAAGGGCUUUAAAAGGGAAACAUUUCUAAGAUCGUGUAUAGCAGGUUAUGUUUUUGUUUGUUUGUUUCUUUUAAGUGCAGGCUGUCAGAUCCUGCCGAAGUUCAAGAGACUGGGGAUUAUGAAAUGCGAGGAUUGCGCAUGAAUAAUAAAGCUUCCUCAUGUAAAGAACAUAAUUUAACAUAGUUUUCACCUUCAGUGCGUUUUAGAGCAUUAUAAAAACGAUGAUGGAUAGAGUGAGUGUGCCUGAAGAAUGAAAGGUUGUCAUUACUCCUGUAGUACACCAUGAGUGCUAUAAUCUGUCCACAUGGCCAUGCCACGUGUCACACAGUUUCUGUAUGUGAUGUUUAGUAAUCAGUAUUUCAAAAUGAUUCAGUUAUUGGAGUUUAAUUGCAGGAACGUGCAUUAAAUAUACUAGAUAAUAUUUUGGAGACCUCUUUAGCGCUCAAGAUUUGCGAAAAUGUUAGUAACUACAGUUUACCAGGAACAGAUUUCGAAAGCUCUAAAUAUGUUUAAUCUUUAUUCCAUGCUUUAAGGCAUUAUGUUAUAAUAAAUAGUAGUAUGUAUUGUUAUGAUAAACAAUGAUCAUCUGUGAUUAUGUAUAGCAGUUAUAUUCUGAUAUUGGUAUUGAUGGAUUAUGGAUUAACCAUCCUUAUUGCCAAACAACAUUAAAAGACUUUCAUCCUUGAGAAAAGAUUACACUUUUUUUAUUUUGAAGUUUAUCAGCAAAUUGUUGAGUUAACUUUGAGUAGUAUGCAUUAUUGUGCUUGUUAUGUGUUGAUUGUUUUAAUUGUCUUAUUCUGUGACAUCGUGCUUAGCUGUGCUUAUGCUUUAAAUGUCUUUCUUUUUGUAUGAAGAUACACUUUAUUAUUUCUCUCUGCAUUUAAAGAGUCAACUAUACAUGUCAUUGUAUUUGCUAUUAAUGUACUUUUAAUAAAAAGGUAUAUCUCAAAUGG